AUGCCUUCAACUGUAAGCAUAAUUGAGCGAUCAGUUGCUUGUGUUCGAUUGAGAGAUUUUUCUAGACAUCGACAUUCAUUAACAAUCGAGACAAACCCUCUACACCUUUUACCUUCCAAUAUGCGGCGAUUUUCGCAAGCAGAUUCGCUACGGCAUCCGGCCGCACCUAUGCUUGCUAAACUCCAAGCUAACGUUCCUCCAGAGAUACCA